AUAUCUGUAUGAUAUCGAUGGUAUAUUAAAAUUGAGAUAUUUGAAAGUAUUUAUUGAUAUUAUAACUAAAAGAUAACCGCUAUAUAACCGACUGUCCACUGGGUUUUCCCAUAAUAUUGUUUACACAGUCGUCGUGUGCUGAAUGCCGACUGCCGACUAUACACGGCCCCCUCCAACCUUCCUCAUCAUAAAGGAAAUAGUCAUUUAGAAUACUUGUAUACUACGUUCUACUUACGCCGCCAUUUGUUUUUAACUUUUGCAUUUUUUCGUGCGUUGUUUACGUGUGUGCGCUUUUCACCGAUUCAUCUACGUAACGGCCGUAACGCACUCGCGAAGUGUUUUAUUGUGUAUAAUAUUUUUUCGGUUUAGUGCGUGCGUACAUUUUCGUUGUAGGUACGCUUUAUUCCAGUACGCCAUCCUAUACCAGAUUACGUAAACUGAGAAACUGAGUAUAAAAUUGCCACUACAUCCGCCACUACACUAAUACUUGUAAGUUAGCCUAACCUAACGUCCGUUCAGUACAUGUACAAGUACCUUUAAAAAUAUAAUUUUGCUACCUAUAGGUAGGUACGCCAACAAUAUACUACCUACUGCAAACUGUGGAAAUUGUGGAAAUCGCCACUACAGUAAUACUUUUAAGUUAUCCCAACCUCAGUAUUUCAAGUACUUCAGCUGAUUACGAUUCUGACAAGGAUAAGGAAUAUAUACCAAAAAACAAAAGUAACAACAUGACUUAUGACAAUAAUUCUGAUGAGGAGAUAAUAAUUGCUAAGAGUACUGAAAAUAACGAUUCAAAUAUUGUUGAAAACCAUAUUAAUAAAGUUGACUAUCUUAAUACAAACAAAGCAUUUCCAUUGAUUUCUUUUCCAUCUGCUUCAGUUGAUAAUACUGUACUGAAAAAUAUUCUGAACUAUCUGGCAUACUUAAAAGUUGAAGUCACCAAAAUUUCUGACACUCAACAAGAAAUAAUUCAGGCGAUUAACAAUUCAAACUCAGCUAAUUUCAGUAUUUUAAAUUCAUGCGAGAUUGAUUAUUUUGUAACUGCUUGGCCAGUACCGAACCAUGAAGAAUUAAAUAAUUUAGAAACAAAACUACAAGCUAAUGAACACGAUUUUAAAAACCAAGUUAUGCUCGAGUUAGUAAGAACAGGAGGAAAAUCGGCUAAACAAAUGAUACA